AUGCUUGCUGAGGCGGUUUGGUUUGUCUGGUUAAGAUGCUACAGAGCAGAGUAUAAAUCAGACAGGCUGAAAGGGGUGAGGGAGCAGAAUCCUCACCACCGGGAUACACGUCAGAAGACUUUGGAUCCAGAGGAGCAGAACUGCAUCAUUUCCACCAUCAGACUUCCAGACGCUUUGUGCGUGGUGAUUGACUUCCUCUGCCAUGCUGUCCCUGCUGAUGCUCCUGGCUGCCCUCAGCCUGCUGAAAAUGGGUGCAGAUGCGUGUUGAACACCAUGUGUACUGUCACUGGGCCCACUGUCAUUGAUUUCUAUGGACGAGCUACUUCUGUCCAGGAUCGGUGUGUGUAUGAACUGAUGACGCCCACUGAAACAUUAAACGUCACAAUACUGGCAGAGUUCCGGGAGCGUCGCCGUCGCGAUAUCAGCUUUUUGGACCGUGUCAUUGUGCAACAGCUGGGCUCAAAUGUUCAAACAGUUCUGGGUCAAGAUGGGAGAGUGUGGGUUGACGGCACAUUGGUGACGCUGACCAGCACACCUCAGCUUUUCAACAACAUGAUGCUGUCUCAGGACCAAACCGGAGUCACCCUCCAGAUAUCACAGACCUACAACCUUUCUCUCUUCUUUGAUGGCAACACUGCACAGAUCAACGUCUAUGGUACAGAAUUUAAACCCAUAAAAAAGGAAAAUGUGCAGUUGGCAGCAAAAUACAAACUCUGUGUUUUGUUGAUGUUCUUUGAAUCUACUGAAAAUGCUGGAACAGUGUUGACUUUCUGUUUGUCGCCCCCUAGCUGUGCGACACAGUACAAUGACACUGCCGAUCCGACAAUCGAUUGCACCGCGAUGUCCCAGCGCUGUGCUCUCCUGAUGGGGGCGCCCUUCACCACCUGUAACAUCGACCCACAGCCCUACAUUCAAGCCUGCAAUUACACUUUGUGCCGAUAUCCUGCGGUGGACGGUUUGAAGUGCACAUUCAUGGAGGCCUACGCCAGAGACUGUAGAAUCCGCAGAAACACCAUGAUGGACGGCUGGAGGUCAAGCGUCAGCUGCCCUGGUCCUCAGGCCUUCUGUCAGGGCCGGUUCUGCAGCGAUCAUGAGUUCUGUGGUGAAACUCGGUGCUUCUGUCGAGCCAUUUUUGCCUCCCAGUAUGGAUCACCUUUUGAGCAGUCAACAGUCUGCAUAGAAAACACUGCUUCGGUUACUUUUGUUGGUUGUCUCCUGGAGGAUUUUGGCAUUGACUACACCGCCCUUCACCUGAAAGAUGAGACCUGCAAGGGUCAGGUGGACAAUAUGACCCACACGGUGUCCUUCACCUUUGACGGCCACAACACCUGUGGUACAGUGGUCACGGCCAACGACACACACCUAAUCUACAUGAACACCAUUAUGUCAGAAAAUAGAUCUGGAAUUGUUCGCAGUGAAGACGUGCUGAUUGACCUCUCCUGCUUCUACGAUCAACCAGAUAUAAAGAGCUACAGCAUCCAAAUCAGAGACGGCUCUGUGAUCCAGCAGUUAAGAUAUGGACAAUGGUUUUAUAACCUGACCAUGAUGGUCUACUGGGACUCUGCUCGUACCCAACCUAUUGAGGAGGGAACCGAUAUCCAGCUGAACUACAAGAUCUGGGUGGAACUGAAGGCAGAUGGACUGGAUAGCAGAAUUGUUGCUGUGGUGAUAGAAUCUUGCUGGGCAACUCAUGACCCAUUAUCCAAUGGGACUCUCAGACAUGACCUGAUCGUGAACAGCUGUGCUAACCUCAAUGAUGGAACAGUGACGGUGGAAAGCAACGGACAAGGAACCACCAGCUAUUUCUCCUUCAACACCUUCAAGUUCUAUGGGCAAACUGGUGACGUCUACCUGCACUGCAGAGUCCAUCUGUGUGGAACCAUCAACAACAACUGUGUUCGGUACAACUCAAACAUGAUACAUUCUCCAGUUGACGGCACAUUGGUGACGCUGACCAGCACACCUCAGCUUUUCAACAACAUGAUGCUGUCUCAGGACCAAACCGGAGUCACCCUCCAGAUAUCACAGACCUACAACCUUUCUCUCUUCUUUGAUGGCAACACUGCACAGAUCAACGUCUACGGUACAGAAUUUAAACCCAUAAAAGUAUGA